AUGGGGAUACACCCGUCUUACGGCGGGGAUCUUUACCGGCGGGACAUGAGGAGUACGGCUUUCCAGGCUGGCAAACGAGUACUGCUGGACACUCUAGGACUCAAGGGUGUGGUUAUUCCACCACAACAUCACUCGGACGACGAGCGAGACGACGACGUCAUAGAGUUGGACUUCGACGCCGAGGCUAAGGUGAAAGAAUUGGAAGCUGCCAACUAUGUGCUCGGGGCGCAGAUCGAGAGCACGCACAAGGAAAUCGACGAACUCAAAGACCAAGUAUUCAAAUUGGGUAAGAGUCAGAACACGCUGUCAGACACUGUGUCACAACUCAAAAGGGGGCUCGAAAUGCUCACGGUCAGAUGCGGGUGCGAUACGGGUGGGCUGGCCCGAAGCGACGAGGCUGGUGCGUCGGGUGGUGAUGCUGCACGAACGGUCCAACAGCCUUACAGGGAGUCCUUACUGGCAGCAGAUACCGGCAGCAUGCCUACAUCGCUGCCCGCCACGUUCACCAGGCCUGCAGCACAUGUUACCCCAGCCUAUGUGCACGUGCCGCCUCCAGCACAGUGGGGUAAUGUGCACCACAUGACGUUGCACACGACCACACGGGGCGCGAGCCCGGUGCAGACUCAAGGGGGUGUUGCACCUGCUGGGUGGAUCCCGGACACAAGCGCGGCCAUCCCGGGUGCGGGAGUUGCACCAGCAGAGGUUAUCCCGGGUUCCGGAGUUGCAACAUCUGGCGGGAUUCCGCAUGCAGGCUUGUCAACAGCAGGCUUCCUCCCGGGUGCGGGAGUUUCAACAGCACGUUGGAUCCGGAGUGCGGGAGUUUCAACAGCAGGCGGGAUCCCGCGUGCGGGAGUUGCAACAGCAGGCGGGAUCCCGAGUGCGGGAGUUUCAACAGCAGGCGGGAUCCAGACUGCGGGAGUUGCAACGGCAGGGCUGCGCGCGGUGGCGGAAGUUGCACCAGAAGGCGGGAUUCCGCGUGCGGGAGUUGCACCAGAAGGCGGGAUUCCGCGUGCGGGAGUUGCACCUGAAGGCGGGAUUCCGGGUGCGGAAGUUGCAUCAGCAGGCGGGAUCAUGGGUGCGGGAGGUGUAUCAUCAGGCGGGGUCAUUCGCUCGGGAGGUGCAACAAUAGGCGGGGUCAUGGGUGCGGGAGGUGUAUCAGCAGGCGGGGUCAUGGGUGCGGGGGGUGCUGCAGCAGGCGGGGUCAUGGGUGCGGGAGGUGCAUCAGCAGGCGGGGUCAUGGGUGCGGGAGGUGCAUCAGGAGGCGGGGUCAUGGGUGCGGGAGGUGCAUCAGCAGGCGGGGUCAUGGAUGCGGGAGGUGCAUCAGCCGGCGGGGUCAUGGGUGCGGGAGGUUCAUCAGCAGGCGGGGUCAUGGGUGCGAGAGGUGCUGCAGCAGGCGGGGUCAAGGGUGCAGGAGGUGCUGGAGCAGGCGGGGUCAUGGGUGCAGGAGGUGCUGGAGCAGGCGGGGUCAUGGGUGCGGGAGGUGCAACAGCAGGCGGGGUCAUGGGUGCGGGAGGUGCAACAGCAGGCGGGGUCAUGGGUGCGGGAGGUGUAUCAGCAGGCGGGGUCAUGGGUGCGGGAGGUGUAUCAGCAGGUGGGGUCAUGGGUGCGGGGGGUGCUGCAGCAGGCGGGGUCAUGGGUGCGGGAGGUGCUGCAGCAGGCAGGGUCAUGGGUGCGGGAGGUGCAUCAGCAGGCGGGGUCAUGGGUGCGGGAGGUGCAUCAGCAGGUGGGGUCAUGGGUGCGGGAGGUGCAUCAGCCGGCGGGGUCAUGGGUGCGGGAGGUUCAUCAGCAGGCGGGGUCAUGGGUGCGGGAGGUGCUGCAGCAGGCGGGAUAUCGGGUGCGGGAGUUGCAUGCGGCAAACCGGGUGCGGCAGAUGCAAACGAAGGCGGGAUCGCUGGUGCUGAAAUGGCAACAACAGGCGGGGGCAAUGGUGCGGCUAAUGCAACAGCAGGGUUGCUCCAGGGUGCGGGAAUAUCGGCAACAAUGGGGAUGCCGGUUGCGAGAGUGGCACCGGCAUUGGGCAACCCCAAUGCCGAUGUAGCGGCCGACGGGGGGUUCCUGGGUGCACCCAAUCCCAUAGAUCCGCAAGAAACCGUGCAGGGUCACCGGUCCUCGGCGCUGACGGGCUCGAAUUUGGAUGAAGCUGUCUCGAGAGCAACUGCAUGGCAGUUACGACACACCGCCUACGUGCCCACAGCCACACAAGAGCCGGUCCCCAUUCACGCGCCCCUCGCUGCACCUGGGGGGGUACCACACGUCGCACCUUCCCCGACAUGCAGCGGCACCGGGUUAGGUGCACAGAGUCACCGUGGGCCAGCUGCGUCUGAGAGCAUGUCGCGCCUGCAGAGCAAGGGGGGCAAGCCAGAUAUCAUCAAGACCCAAUACACCGUUGAGUACGAGCAACACCUGGACAGCAAAAAUAGUGCUCCAGCGGAAAACGAACUCGCAGACGACCAUCAGCAGCAAGUUCAGAUCGGAAGUGGAGGCCGCGCGUGCGUACGCGGCAGCUCGGCACCUGGUGUGGGGACGUGA